GAUCGGGACUCUACUUUUCAAAGAAGAUAGCAAGUCCUAGAAAGCACCAGUAUAUGAAUUAUCUCCGAUCUGAAAGCACUUUGGCUUUUAUUUUACUCAUCAUAAGAUAGAGGUCCAUCUGGAUCUUAGCCCAGCUUGCAGAGAUGUACAACAACAGCUACUCUCAAUCUAAGUUUGGCGCGAGUGCCAAGAAAAUCCACAAGGCCAGGGGCAAGAGCUGUGGCUACUACAUGAAAAUUGUCUUCUUUUUCUCCUCCUUGAUCCAGACUCUGAUCAUUGUCAGCCUGGUUCUCUUCCUGGUCUAUGGACAGCCAGAGGAAUCUGCAGCUGAGAAGAGAUUACAAGUGCUUGACCCGAUGCACAAUGAGCUCAUUACGAAAUACGGAUACCUUCAGGAGGAGACCAGAAAUCUUACCCGGAAAAUUAACAUGACAAAUCGGGAAAUGGAAUACAUGCAGAGGAAUAUCACCAUGCUACGAAAAUUAGGCAAUGACUCUGUUUCCUUCAUCAACAGUCUUCGAAAUAAAUUGUUACAAUGUCAAAUGAGUUCAUCGCCACCAUGUAACUGCCCAAGAGUGGUACAACCUCCAUGCCAAUCAAAUGGUCAACUACAUGGUCUACAAUAUGAAAAUUCACAGCUGAAAAAAUGGCUGGAAAUUGUGCAAGGGAAUUUUUCAGGGACUUUUCAUGUUUUGAAAGAUGAACUGGACAGUGCAAACAGGGACAGGGAAUCCCUUAGACUAGAGACAAUCACACUGCGCCAAGAGAAGGCCACUGCUGAGAGGGAGAUUGAACAUUUUAAGACAAAGUGUAAGGAGGACUUUAUCAAGUCCUUGGACGGAAUCCCAGAGAUCACCAAGGCAUUCCGGGCGAAGAUUGGCGCCUUGUUUCCACAACUGAUCCCUUUCCACAUAACCUGUCCCAAACAGCGUGAGCAGCUGGAGCAGAUUCAGUAUAACUGUAGCAGCCUAUCAGCAGAGGUGGAGAACAAGUUUCAGCCCUACUUGAACAACGUUGGAUUAAAAGUUUCUGAAACACUUCACAGAGUGAGUCAUCUUGAAGCAAAAAAAAUAUAUCUGGACAGGAACCUGUUUGAAUGUAAGCAAAAUCUAAGUUCCCUUGCAGAAACAAAUUACAAGAAUCUUAGAGACACCCGGGAAAGACAUGACAAGGCUAUGGAACAGGUUCUGCUGGAGCAAAGGAAACUCCGAGGAGCAAAGGAGCUGUUGGACGGAACCUUGAGUCUAAAGGAAUCCGAAAUCAACAUGCUGAAAGAAAAGAUAAACGCCUCUCUGGCUAACUGUGGACACAGGGCACCACCACCAAAACCUUUUCCUGGGAAUUCAGCCCCAGGAGGGGGCGGGAUGGGAACAGGAGGCAUAUUACCUGGUAGUGGCAGUACAUUUUCAGUUCAACCAGGAUCAGGGAUAAAACCCACUGCACGAGGGUCUGGUGGACCAGACAGUUCUUUAUUUAAAAAGUUUGAAUUGGAAAAGUUUGGUCGCAGUGGUGUGAAUCAGGUGGGGUCGGGAGGAACUGGGAUGGGAAAUACAGGGUCAAGUGGCCCGAGCUCGGAUAGAUUCCCAACAGCAGCAGGGUCAAGUACUCCUGGGUCUGGUAAACCAGCAUUAGGUGGAACAGGACCAGGGACUGGAUCAGGAUCCUCUGGAAAUAUGGGAACAUUUGGAACAGGAUCAAGCCACUCUGUGCCCUCUGGUACAGGAGCUGGUAGGACAGGGUCUGGAACCGGGUUAGGCUCCCCAACAGGGGGAGGAAUGAACACAGGCUCCUUUGGAACAGGAAAUGAUAGAUCAGGAUCGAGUGGGACAGGGUUUGGUUCAUCUAGUAGUAUGGGGUCAACAGGGGCAGGAUUCAACACGGGCUCUUUUGGAACAGGUGCAGGAGCAGGACAUAGUGGAACAGGAUUUGGUUCCACUAGCAAUAUGGGGGCUGGUGGAGCAGGGUUUGGUAACACAGGCUCUGCUGGAGCAGGGGGCAGUCGAAGUGCACUUCCUGGAGCAGGGACUGGCACUACAGGGCAGGGCAACACAGGCUUUGGUGGAGCAGGGUCCAGCAGGACCGGGCAGAGUGGGACAGGGUCUGGGGGGACCGGGUUUGGAGGCUUUGGCUCAGCAGGAACAGGCCGAACUGGGUUUAGUCCAAAUGGAUUUGGACGAACAGGGACCGGUGGCAACACGGGGCUGUACGGAGGUGGCAGCUAUGGAACCGCAGAUCCUAUCUCAAAUCACUUGAGAGAGCUCCAGAAGUAUUUAAAUCCAGAGCGGUAUUGAGCUGUGAAGAGAGUUUCAUAAAGGACAAUUCUACAGGGAUGUAUGAGUGAAACUGGGGAAUCAUACCCACAUUACUUAGCUCAGAAAAAUACAGUGGAUUUAAUUAAAAGCUGAGGUUCAACAAAAACUGUGGUUAUACUUGUUUUGUACUCUGCUUUUAGCCUGUACAUUUGCUUUGCAGAUUCCAAUUUUUAUGCAUUUUCUUGUGGGAGGUUAAACAAAUUCUCUAAGAUGUACAUAGUCAUAUAGUAUAUAUUAUGUAAAGAAUUUUACGGAAUAAACAGCAUAUUCUAAACUAAAAAAAUGCAUUCUGAACAGUGAAUUGUGUGCAUGAGAUUGUAAAGCACAUUUCAAUUUCUUGUGAUGACACUAAGUGACCACAUACCCUUUGUAUAUUAUCUGUUAUGCCACAAGAGCUUAAAAAUAUGUGUCUUUUAAUUACUCAGUAUGGUGUCAUUUAUCUGUGGUUACCUGCACAUAUUAAUAAAAAAACUGUUUCACCCUGUCA